AUGACUCCCCCAUCUUUAGCAGUUCGUUCAGCAUUACGAUUACAAUUUUGGAUAUUUUAUUGGAAUCUUCUACGUGAACAAGUCAGACUAACGAAAACACUUCCAGCCAGUCUUACAGAAACCGGUCAACCUGUACCAAACACAGCAAAAUUGAUACCAGUUCUAACAGAAAAUAUUGAUUUAUUGAAUAAUUAUAUGGAUAUUGAAGCAAUUAGUUUACGUUCAUUAAUGAAACGCGGACUAAGUUUAUCAUUCUUUAUCAAACUUGCUUCAUAUUACCAAAAAUUACAUUAUCCAGUUGAUUUUAUUAUAAUUUACAUACGAGAAGCACAUGCAUCAGAUGCAUGGAAAUUUGAUGGAAAUGAAUAUAGUUUUAUACGAAAUCAUCGAAAUAUAAAUGAACGAUUAGAUGCUAUUAAAAUAAUGGUAGAAAUGGCAAAUAUUACUAAAGAUAAAAACAUACAUAUUUAUUCUGAUACUAUGGAUGAUAGAACAAAUCAUUUAUUUCGUGCUUGGCCAGAAAGACUUUAUGUUUUAUAUGAUGAAAAGAUUUUAUAUCAAGGCCAGAAAGGACCAUCUGGAUAUUCGAUACCGUCAUUGGAUUAUUUUUUAAAAAAGAAUAUUAUUAUUCAAAAUUAG